GGAGGAAAAUCCAGAUCUCCAAGCUUUCCUGGAUCAACACCAUCUGAGGGAUCGACUCAAUCCUCGCGAGUCGUUUUUUGGAGGAAGGACCAAUGCCCUCAAAUUGUUCCACGAGGGAGACGCAAAAUAUGUGGAUUUUACUUCACUCUAUCCAUGGGUGAACAAGUAUUGCGUCUACCCUGUGGGACAUCCAACAAUCAUCACGGAAAGCUUUGGAGAUGUGGAAGAUUAUUUUGGAAUUAUCCAAUGCCGAGUGAUUCCUCCACGGAAUCUGUAUCUUCCGGUACUGCCCUAUCGGUGCCGGAAGAAGCUGAUGUUCCCCCUGUGUCGGACUUGCGCCCUUCUUCAACUGCAGACUCCGUGUACCCACACAGACGACGAGCGAGCUCUUGUCGGAACGUGGGUAACGGAGGAAGUCAAACUGGCGAAAAAGAAAGGCUACCGCAUCACACAUAUUUACGAAGUGUACCAUUUCCAGGCAUCGUCUACUUCUCUGUUUCGUUCCUACAUUGAUCUGUUUCUGAAGAUCAAGCAGGAAAGUAGCGGAUGGCCUUCGGA